UGCAUGCCUAGAAGUCUCUAUUUUCGGGGUUACUGAACGUUGCGCAUAGGCCAAGCCUGUAUUCUGCACGCGUACACGGCUGACGAAUGCACGCCAGGCAUCCGUUUUGAUGCAGUGCAAUGCUUAAGGACAGCGAGCAGUCUGCGGUCAAUUAUUUUAAAAUUCGAUUCUUAUUAUUUCUUUUCAAGCGUCUUCAACUUCUUGAUAUCGAUUUACAAACAAAGACAAAUACUUACGAUGCCGUUCUUGCUGGAUCAGACACGGGCAUCGUCUUCAUCAUCUGGGUCAAGCUCGCCCUCGGUAGCAGGUAACCGCUACUAUUUCAAGAGCCUCUCUUUUUUGCGUCGAAGCCCAGCGCCCAGCUCGCCUAUUAACCAGCCCACCACCCCCGAAACCGAGCUUCCUUUCCCCUUUCCUCCCCCGCCCUCACCGCCCUCACCAUCGCCCACCGUGGAUAGAAGGAGGAAACUCAAGAGAAAGGGUAGCAUGCCCUUCCGACAACGCAUGGCACGCCACUUUGGCGAUUCGCUCUCCCCAGAGAAGGCAUAUCUUAGUUACUACGAUGUGCUACUUACAGUGGAAGAUAUCAAAUCGUUAAAGAAUGACUGGCUCACCGACAACAACAUUGCCUUUUGGGAGGAAUACCUCGAACGCGAAACGCUCCCCCGCUAUCCCCAGGCGCGCAUUAUCCUGCUUCGACCCAGCAUGACAUUCCUGCUCAUGAAAGAGCCCGACAUGAAACAGAUUAUGAAUGCCCUCCCCGACUUUACAAAAGUGUCCCAUGUGUUCUUGCCAAUCAACGACGCCCGCAGCGUCACCGUGGCUGAAGGUGGUACGCACUGGUCCCUACUCCUGGUAUCAAUUCUUGACGGCGUCGCUUUUCAUUACGACUCUCUUGGUGGCGCAAACUUCCAUGAGGCCCAAUUUGCGGCUCGUCGCAUGGGUGAAAUAAUUAAGCGACCGAUGCGAUUUAUAAACCUGGAGGAUUCCCCGCAACAAUCAAAUGGCAGCGACUGUGGUGUCUUUGUCUGUUUGCUAAUGCGCCACCUGCUUGUUAAGCGCCUGUUGAGUGCUAACGCCAGAGAGAAGGUCUCGAUGAGCAUGGGCGGCAAGGUUGUAGACAGCAAUGGCGGCAGAAAAGAAAUGAUGCGUAUUAUUGAAAGCUUACGGAAAGAGGGUGAGCGUCGACGAUCGCGAAGUGCUAGUCCCUUUACCUCAAAGACACCACCUCGAAUUGAGUAACGCUCAUAUGCAUCCCUCGCACCACUUAUAGCUUUGUUUCCUAGCGAUGUCUAGCGCCAUUUGGAUGUCCUCUUCUCUUUCAUGAAAUAACGACAUCGUGAUGAUUUGAUAAUGUUUGCUCUUGCUUUUUUACACGAAAUAGCCGGCGUUGGGUUGGGUUUAUUUGGACUGGCGUUCUCUCAGCACAUGGUACUGACAAAGGCGGCAUUGGUCUACCCUUGAUAAUUCGUCUACGGCUUGGUCAUGGACUAUAUAUACAUGCUAUCUAUAUACAUUACAUGAGCCUGAAAUAGUCCCUAAUAUCACAGCAAUUUUCUGCAUACGCGGUACAGCUGCAUCAGAUGUUGAAACGUUCAUAUUUGUUGCUUUUCCUGGCCUAUAUGUUGCGCAAAGUACAUAGCUAUCCAACUCCAAAGAACACCGGUAUUGUAAAUCAUGAUUCCCUUCCCAAUGCAUUUUCUUUCAUGCUAGUAUCGGCAAGGCUAUUACUUGCCUACAAAGGCAGGGUUUUGGUCCAUUGUAGCAGAAAUGUAGCCUCGUAGAGCUGCCCAACGACUUGAUGAAGCAUUUCCUCCGGUGGCAGCAGGCUCCGAUGCAGCUUUACUUGUUGCCUGCGUACUGGUUUCUGAGAGCUUCGCCAUGCUGACACCGAAUCUCUCCAUCUCGCCCUUGACAACCUGUUCCUUCCUCUUCAGCGCACCCUUCUUGCUUCGCAGACUCUUGUGUUUAAUCUUUCCCGCAAGGAUUUCUUCGCCACCCAUUCCACUCUCGAGCUCCGGCAGGGCAUCGGCCAAACUUUCCAGGUUCGUCUUAAGCUGCUUACUGCGCCCACGGCCGGUUCGCUUCUUAGACUUAGUGACGCCAGCAGACGAGGCGACGCGCGACAUGAAAGUAGAGUGCUUAAUUAAGCGCUUAUCCUUUUUGCUUGAGAUAAAGUCAUCGGUAACAGCUGCAUCAUCUCGAAAGACCUUGUCAGGCGCAAGAUGGUGGAUUUGACCAGUAAUGCGCUGUGUUCGCAGCGAACGUGCGGAAGGCUUUCUCAAGCCGGGAGGCAGUGGAGCCUAUAUUCCAAGUGUUAGAAUAUAGCACAAGUUAUUAAAUUGGAAAUAGCAUUUUCUUAUUACCAUAUUAGUGUGAAUUUGCGUAGAGUAGUUGGUAUACAAGUGUUGGUCACUGGGCAAGAAAGAUUUCGGAAGACGGCGAAAUUCGACACUAUCGAUAAGACACUGUCAAAUUGGUGGGGUUUGACUGG